AUGCCCUUUGGAUUGAAGAAUAUUGGAGAGACUUAUCAGCGAUUGGUUACUCGAAUGUUUAGGGAACAUAUCAGUAAAACAGUGGAGGUAUAUAUUGAAAAUAUGGUAGUUAUGAGUAAGAAGCUUGAGAAGCACAUCCCAAACCUGGCCGAGAUAUUUGAGAUAUUGAGGCAUCAUAAGCUGCACCCCAACGUUGCUAGGUUAAAGUUAAAACAGGAAAACUCGAAGCAAUCUCAAGCCAAUGAACUAUUUAAAAAGUGUCUUCAGGCUUACAGAGGUGAUGUUGAGAAUCCAUCAGUGAUUCCACAUGUUCUGUUUGAUGCAGCAGAAGCAGGAAACAUUGAGUGCUUGAUCAUGCUUAUUCGUUUUGACCUUGAUCUAUUAUGGAAAACAAGAAAUAGUAAAAGCAUAUUUCAUGUUGCUGUUGAGAAGCGCCAUGAAAGCAUGUUCAAUUUACUUAAUGAGAUAGGUUCUGUUGGAGAUAUAAUAAUAAAUACAAAAAUUGAAGAUACAGGCAACAUUUUGCAUUUAGCUGCAGGAUUGGCACCUAAAGAGAAGCUGAAUGCUGUAUCAGGAGCAGCUCUUCAAAUGAAACGAGAAAUAUUAUGGUUCAAGGAGGUGGAAAAGGUUGUACCACCUGCGUUCAAACAAAUGAAAAAUGGAAACGAAGAAACACCAUAUGCUUUAUUUGCGAGGACACACGAGGAGUUAAGGACGAAGGGAGAGAAGUGGAUGAUGGACACAACUAAGUAUUCUAUGGUGGUUGCUACACUAAUUAGCUUUGUAAUGUUGACAGCCGCAAAAGCUGAUGGAUUAAAGGAUAGUCCUAAUCUUUUUAUGGUCUUCUCAGUUUCAAGUGCAAUAGCAUUAUUUUGCUCAUUGACAUCCCUAGUAAUGUUCUUAUCCAUCCUUACCUCGCGUUAUUCAUACAACGACUUUCUUGUGUGCUUACCAGUUAGGUUGAUGAUUGGAGUUGCUUCACUUUUCAUCUCAAUUGCCGCCAUGACUGUUUCAUUUUCUGCAUCGUAUUGGUCAGAUCGGGAAUUGCCAUUAAUCUUCGUUGUCAGUGGUUCAUUUGCUUGUGUGCCAAUCUUAUGCGUGUUGCUGAAGUACCGUCUAUUUGUUGAUAUAGUCCGAUCUAUCUUGUUUCGGUUUCGGAAACGUCGACGUCUACUUUAG